AUGCUAGACGUACAAGUGAUGCACGUACAAGCCUUGAACCGGGGCAUUGCUGCUGUUAAGGAAGAUGCGGUGGAAAUGCUGGCCAGCUACGGGCUGGCGUACUCACUCAUGAAGUUCUUCACGGGUCCCAUGAGUGACUUUAAAAACGUGGGCCUGGUGUUUGUGAACAGCAAGCGAGACAGGACCAAGGCUGUCCUGUGCAUGGUCGUGGCCGGUGCCAUCGCCGCCGUCUUCCACACCCUGAUAGCUUAUAGUGACUUAGGUUACUACAUUAUCAAUAAACUGCACCAUGUGGACGAGUCCGUGGGGAACAAAACGAGAAGGGCCUUCCUGUAUCUUGCUGCCUUCCCUUUUAUGGAUGCCAUGGCAUGGACCCACGCCGGCAUUCUCCUGAAACACAAAUACAGUUUCCUGGUGGGAUGUGCCUCGAUCUCAGACGUCAUAGCUCAGGUCGUUUUUGUAGCCAUUUUGCUUCACAGUCACCUGGAAUGCAGGGAGCCUCUGCUCAUCCCCAUCCUUUCCUUGUACAUGGGCGCCCUUGUGCGCUGCACCACCCUGUGCCUGGGCUACUACAAGAACAUCCACGACAUCAUCCCCGACAGGAGCGGACCGGAACUGGGGGGGGAUGCAACGAUAAGGAAAAUGCUGAGCUUCUGGUGGCCCCUGGCUCUCAUCUUGGCUACACAGAGAAUCAGUAGACCGAUCGUCAACCUCUUUGUUUCCCGGGACCUUGGUGGAAGUUCUGCAGCGACAGAGGCGGUGGCAAUUUUGACAGCCACAUACCCUGUGGGUCACAUGCCAUAUGGAUGGCUGACGGAAAUCCGUGCCGUCUACCCUGCUUUUGACAAGAAUAACCCCAGCAAUAAACUGGUGAGCACCAGCAACACGGUGACAGCCGCCCACAUCAAGAAGUUCACGUUCGUCUGCAUGGCCUUGUCACUCACGCUCUGUUUCGUGAUGUUCUGGACCCCCAACGUUUCUGAGAAGAUUUUGAUAGACAUCAUCGGAGUGGACUUCGCCUUUGCAGAGCUCUGCGUUGUCCCCUUGCGUAUCUUCUCCUUUUUCCCGGUGCCAGUCACUGUGAGGGCCCAUCUCACCGGGUGGCUGAUGACUCUGAAGAAGACCUUUGUCCUGGCCCCCAGCUCUGUGCUGCGGAUCAUCGUCCUCAUCACCAGCCUCGUGGUCCUGCCCUACCUGGGGGUACACGGAGCCACCCUGGGCGUGGGCUCCCUCCUGGCGGGGUUUGUGGGAGAAUCCACCAUGGUCGCCAUAGCAGCGUGCUACGUCUAUCGGAAACAGAACUCCAGGGCCCCUCCCGUGUGGGUGAACCUCAUGGCCAGAGUAUGUCAGCCCUGGGUCAGGUUCAACAACAAGGGGAUACCUUAUGAUGCUAUCAUGUAG